AUGUCGCAAGGAAAUCCCGCCUUCCCGGCUCGCAAUGUCUACGCAUCCUCGAGCAAGCUGCCCGACCGCACGGCGCAGAGACCCGGCGCAACUGCGCCGUCCCAGCAAUACACGCAAUCGACCUUCGGGCGCCGGCCCGACCAAAUAUAUCAGUACGCACAAUCGACGGCACCGCCUGUACUGCAGCAGCAGCAGCAGCAGCAGCAGCAGGCGCAUGCGAUGCCGGCAGGCCGACAGAGCACCGAGAAGGAACCCAACGCGCUGAGCGAGUUGAGCGAAGAACAGCGCGACGAAAUCAAUGAAUCGUUCUCCCUCUUCGACCUCGACCGCGACCGCCAUCUCGACUACCACGAGGUGCGUGUCGCGCUGCGGUCCCUGGGCUUCACGGUCCCCAAGGCCGAAGUCGCCCAAAUCAUGCACACGCAGGGUGUGCCCAAGCCGAAAUUCAAGAGAGGGCCCCCCGGGCGAGGCCAACAAUCAUACCACGUCAGCCAGCUGCUGCUCGCGCAGGUGCCGUUUCAGCGGAUUGCGGCGCAGAAGAUCUUCGAGCGCGACCCGACCGAGGAAGUGGAGCGCGCGCUGCUGCUCUUCGACCCCGAGCAGCGGGGAUACAUCGAGAUAGACGACAUCAGACGCGUGGCCCGCGAGCUCGGCGAGACGGGCCUUACCGACGACGAAAUCCACGCUAUGGUCGAGGAGUUUGACUACGACGGCACGGGCAGUGUCGCGAAGGAGGCCUUUUAUGCCAUCUGUUUACAAUGA